AUGGCGGCGGCGGCGGCGGCGCGUUCCGUGGGCGGGCGACUUGGCGACUCGCGCAUCUCUCUUCUACGAUUCUAUCCCUCCCCCGUGCGCCGCCGGUCCCCGCUCCUCCCCCGCGCGCCGCCUAAUCUGCUCCCGGUGCUCCCCACCGCUCACGCUUCCUCCCCCGCCUCUCUCUUUCAUCUCCUCCACCGAGCCCGCCACCACCCCCGACUCGCGGCGCUCGACCUCCACAUCCUGCUGGCCGCCGCAGACGCGUCCUCUGCUUUCCGACCCGACCAUAGCCUCACAUCCCUCGUCGUCGCCCACCUCGCGGCUUCCCACCGCCUCCCUUCGCUCCAGCGCCUCCUGGAGCUCGUCCUCACCCGCCCCUGCCCCUAUGCCGACGACUCCAUCUUUGCAUGCCCCGAGCUCCUCCCCACCUUCCGCAAGUCCAUCGUCGCCUUCGCCACUUCCGGCAACAUCCCCUCCGCAUCGCAUGCCCUCGCCUCUCUCCGGCGCGUCGCUGACUCCCCACUACCCGCCGAGUUCUACAACAUCAUCCUCCAAGCUCUCUCCCGCCUCCAUCGCCACGACGAUGCCAUUCGCUUCUAUGGUGAAAUGACCUCCGUCUACCGCGUCGCUCCGGAUGUCCACACCUUCAACAUAUUCUUCAGUAGCUCAUGCCGGGUGGAAGGCGUAGACGCCGCCAUGCGGUGGUUUGGUGAGAUGCAGCGCCGAAGCUGUGCACCGACGGUCGUUAGUUUCAACACACUUAUGUGUGGGUUCAUCAGAGAAGGCAGGUAUAAGGAGGGAACAAAGGUGGCACGCGAGAUGCUUGAGCUUGGGGUUGGGCUGUCCGUUGCGUCCAUGGAGAUUUUGAUUGGUGGAUUGUGCUGUGGUAGCAAGGCUCUAGAGGCGGCUGAGCUGUUUGUUGAGUUUUUGGGGGAUGGGGUGGUGCUAGAAGGGUUUGAUUGCUUUGAACUCGUUGAGGCUCUUUGCCGUGGUGGGAAGGUGGACAGAGUAGUGGAAGCAGUAGACAUGGUAUUAGAGAGAAAUACCAAAUGUUGUCUCAGUGCACCUACUGGCGCCACAGUUUUGGAGUGCCUGAUGGAGGCAGGGAAGCUGGAUGAGGUUUACCGGUUGAUGUGGAGAAUGAUUGAUCAGGGGAUUGUUCUGGAUACAAUUUCUUGUAACUGCAUCUUUGAGGCGCUUUGCGAAGCUGGGAGGACAGCUGAUGCCAACCAGCUAAGGGUGCUCGCUAAGGAGAAGGGUUUUGAGGCUGAUGGUGAAACUUAUUGUAUGCUGGUGCAAGGAUUUGGGAGGCAAGGGAAAAGAAAGGAAGGGAAGGCUGUGUUGGAUGAAAUGCUUGAUUUAGGAUUUAUACCAAAUAUUGCCUCUUAUAAUAGGCUUCUUGGUGGCUUGCAUAAGUGAAGAUCUUUGUGGCUACAAGAGCACUUCUCAGGGCAUAUGAGAGCACUGGACUGAGUAUUCCGCUGGAUGAGGCUGGAUGGAGAUGCCUGAUGAGCCAGUGGUGUACAUAACUGCACAGAUA